AGGCCCCGCCCCUCCCCGGGCCCGACGCGAGCACGUUGGGUGGCCGGGGCCGGUUGAAAAGCCGCCCGGAGUCGGGAGCGGCUCCCGGGGCGAGUGGCACGCUCGGAGCCGCUCGGACGUUCGAGGGCCGUCUCGGAGGCCGGCGUGCGGCCCACCCCGGGGGCGGAGGGGCUGGGUGGGUGGAGAGGAGUUCGGCGGCGGGGGCCGCCCUUCCCCGACCCCCACGCCCGUCGACCCGCUGGGCGGAAGCUUCCCGCGGAGCUGCUCACGCCCGCGCGAUGGCGACUGCCGCGGAGACCGAGGCCUCUUCGACGGACGCGAGCUGGGAGAGCGGCGGCUGCGGCGGAGACGACGGGAUGAAGCCUGCGCUUCCGGAGCUUGAGUCCUCGCCACAAGAUGGCGGCGGCGGCGGCUGCUCCUCCACCACCGCGGAGCUCGGCGGCGGCGGCGCGGGGCCUGAGGAGACCGCGGCAGCCGAAGCCGCCCGGAGCCACGGCCACGAGCAGCCCCAGCACACCUCCGAGGCGGCCGCGGCCGCUCUCCCCAAAGGCGCCGAAGAGCCGGAAAGGCCUGUUAGGCGGAGUUUUCAGAUCCCCAGGAAGAGCAGAGAAAAGAAAGCACUUUUCCAGCAAUUAACUCCAGGCUCUAGAGAAUUUGAAGAUGUUUUAAAUAUUCUCCAUUCAUCUUACCUUGAGCCAUCCUCAGUAACAAAUUUUAACUAUAGACGAGCUUGCUUGAUACAUAAUGAACUUUUGGAAAAAGAGUUUACAGAAAAGAGAAGAGAACUGAAGUUUGAUGGUCGUUUGGAUAAGGAACUUUCAGAAUCUUACGCAUUUCUCAUGGUUGAUCGAUACCAGGUUCAGAGCAUAUGUGAAAAAGGACUGCAGGUGGGCCAGUCCAAAAUAACUCUUCUUGGCAGUCCUUCCAUGGGUAUAUAUCUGUGUAGAUACGCAGAUCUCUUACAGGCGAAUCCUUUGGAAGCUGGGGCAGUGGGUGAUGUUGUUAUUUUUAAAAUAAUGAAGGGUAAAAUAAAGAGUGUUUAUGAUCCUCUGAGUGUAAAAAGCUUGGAACCUAUGUUAAGUAAAAAUGCUUUGGAUCCUACACCAAAGCAUGAAUGUCAUGUGUCUAAAAAUGCCAGUAGAAUUACAUCCCUUUUGGCUUACCGAGCCUAUGAGCUUACUCAGUAUUAUUUUUAUGAGUAUGGCUUUGAUGAACUAAGACGGAGACCAAGACAUGUUUGUCCAUAUGCAGUUGUGUCUUUUACUUACAAAGAUGAUAUACAAACUCCAAAGUUUGUGUCUUCACUGAGAUCUAACAGCUUUAAUGCAGAUAGAAACAUAGAAAAAUUUAACUACACCUUGUGGAAAGGACAACUUUUAAAUAAAGGAAAGCUUCUAUGUUAUAUUUCUUUGAGGUCGGCCACUCGUGCCUUUUUGCCUGUCAAGCUUCCUGAGAAGUUAGAUGUUGAAACAGUUAUGAGUAUUGAUUAUUUGAAACAGAAAAUUCCUCCUGCAUUGCUUUAUAAAGACACAUACUUGGGUCCUAAUGAAGUUUUAAAGAAUGGGAUGUAUUGUAGCCUUUAUGAAGUUGUCGAAAAGACAAGAAUUGGAAGUAACAUGGAGUGUUUACUGCAAAAACUGGAGAAAGAAAAACUUGUUCUUGUAAAACCAUUAGGAGACCGAGGAUACCUUUUUCUUCUUUCUCCUUACCAGAUGAUUUCUCCAUAUGAACACCAGACUGUCAAGUCUCAAAUCCUACAUGCUUUGUUUCUGUUUCAAGAACCUAGAUGCCUAAUUAUCACACAGAAAGGUAUAACGAAUCCAGCACCACAGGAGAAACAUGAGAGCAUAUCAGAUAUAUUAAAAAUAACUCAGUUUUUACAGUUUGCUUUAAUUCAGUGUCGAAAAGAAUUCAAAGAUAUAAACACUAUAAAUUUUCAUUCUGUUGUUGAGAAGUACGUAAGUGAAUUUUUUAAGCGAGGUUUUGGUUCAGGUAAGCGGGAGUUUUUCAUGUUUUCAUACGAUUCACGAUUAGAUGAUAAAAAAUUCCUGUAUUCAGCACCAAGAAAUAAAUCUCAUAUUGAUGACUGCUUACAUACCUACAUUUUUCAGCCAGAAAUGUAUCAGUUACCUAUUUUUAAAUUAAAAGAGUUAUUUGAAGAAAAUCGAAAACGUCAACAAUUUAGUCCACUUUCAGAUUAUGAAGGUCAAGAAGAAGAAAUUAAUGGUUCAAAAGUGAAAUUUGGAAAACGAAAUAGCUCAAGGGGUGAGACUACUGAAGCUGUACAGCAGAAGUCAUCUCAUUCGUUAGAUUAUGAUAAGGAUAGAGUCAAAGAAUUGAUUAAUUUAAUUCAAUGUACGAAAAAAAAUGUGGCUGGGGACCCAGAUUCAGAAGAUCCUAGAAGCAAAAGUGUCUUGAAGAGGAAGCUUGAGGAUCUACCUGAAAAUAUGAGAAAGUUCGCCAAAACCAGCAAUUCAUCUGAUAAUUAUCUAUAUGAAGAGUCUCCACAAUCUAUUGGCUUACUUGGACAUGAUCCUAACUUGAGACUACAGCAGGAAGAGUCAUGUAACACUGGAGACGUCCACAAGCUUUAUAAUUGGUUAUCGGAAGCACUAGCAAAUGCACGACACUCAGAUGCAUUCCUGACAGAUACAGUCAACAAGGCUUUAGGAUUGAGUAGCAGUGGUACCUGUGAAGAGCUAAGGCAGAAGUGUGAAUAUGAGUUAAAUCCUGCUUUAGAUAAGAAAGACUGUGAGCAGCAUACUUGUACAAAAAUUGAAAACGUCCAUUUUAAGGGUGCUCAGAGCCCACUGCUAGAAGUUGAUGCAGCAUCUGUACAGUACCCUACUCUUCUUUCUACCAGUGAGGAUCCACAUUUAAUUAGUGUCAAUAACUUUGAAGAGUGCAGUCUCUGUCCUACUGUUUCCAUUGAACAUGGAUUCCGUACGCAACACUCUAAGUCAAAUGAUGAAGAAGAGACAGAAAUACACUGGAAAUUGAUUCCAAUUACAGGAGGGAAUGCAAGAAGCCCAGAAGACCAGCAUGAGAAACAUGGUGAGAAACAAACACCAGGAAUGAAAUCACCAGGAGAACAACUGGUGUGUCUACCACCAGCGGAGGCCUUUCCUAAUGACCCUCGGGUAAUAAAUAGAGAAAGAAGUUCUGAUUACCAGUUUCCAUCAUCUCCAUUUACAGACACUGUAAAGGGCACCACUGAGGAGGACCUGUUGACAGGUCCAGUGGUGACAGUGGAAGAGCAGUGUGUGCCAGCAGCUGAGCCUCCUACAGUGAGCGAAACUACAGAGAACACAGUGUUAGGAGAGUUCCAUCUCUUUUCUAGAAAGAUAGAAGAGAUUCUGAAGCAAAAGAAUGUUUCAUAUGUUAGUACAAUUUCCACACCUAUUUUUUCAGCACAAGAGAAGAUGAAUCGCCUUUCUGAGUUCAUAUAUUCUAAGACUUCAAAAGCUGGUGUACAGGAAUUUGUAGAUGGUUUGCACGAAAAACUAAAUACUAUUAUUAUUAAAGCAUCAGCUAAGGGUGGGAAUUUGCCACCAGUAAGUCCUAGUCAUUCUCAUACAACAGCAUUGACUCCUCUGGGAAGGCAUGUUGUAUCCAUUUCUUCAAGUGACUUCAGCAGCAAAGACCUUUUUGAGCCGCUGUGUCCUGACCCUUUGAGAGGUAACAGUUCUAAUGAGCAGUAUUCCUCUUCGCUUGAAGUAGAAAUGAACCAGCCACACCACCGCAAGGAGUUCAUGUUGACUUCUGACCACACUGUACCCGGUGACCCUGCCCUGGAACCAGUGGAAAAAGAAAUAACAAAAUCACCCAGUGAUAUAAACAUUUCUGCACAACCAGCUCUUUCAAAUUUUAUAAGCCAGUUAGAACCUGAAGUAUUUAAUAGUUUGGUUAAAAUAAUGAAAGAUGUCCAGAAAAAUACUGUGAAAUUUUACAUUCAUGAAGAAGAGGAAAGUGUGCUUUGCAAAGAAAUAAAGGAGUAUCUUACCAAAUUAGGCAAUACAGAAUGUCACCCAGAUCAGUUUUUGGAAAGAAGAUCAACCUUAGAUAAACUAUUGAUUAUUAUUCAAAAUGAAGACAUUGCAGAUUUCAUUCACAAGGUACCUGGCUUGGUGACUUUAAAGAAGCUCCCAUGUGUUAGUUUUGCUGGUGUUGAUAGCCUGGAUGAUGUUAAAAAUCAUACAUACAAUGAGCUAUUUGUGUCUGGUGGCUUUAUUGUGUCUGAUGAAUCAAUUCUAAAUCCAGAGGUUGUCACAGUUGAGAGCCUGAAAAAAUUUUUGACAUUCCUUGAAGAACUUAGUACUCCAGAAGGGAAAUGGCAAUGGAAAAUCCACUGUAAAUUCCAGAAGAAACUGAAGGAACUGGGCAGAUUGAAUACUAAAGCUCUGAGUCUGCUGUCUCUUCUAAAUGUAUAUCAGAAGAAACAUCUGGUUGAGAUUUUGUCCUAUCACAAUUGUGAUUCACAAACUCGAAAUGCUCCAGAAAUGGACUGCCUUAUCAGGCUUCAGGCUCAGAACAUACAACAGCGACACAUAGUCUUUCUAACAGAGAAGACUAUCAAGAUGGUUUCCAGUUAUACAGAUAAUGGAAUUAUAGUUGCAACUGCUGAAGACUUUAUGCAAAACUUUAAAAGUCUUGUGGGAUAUCAUAACUCAGUCACAGAAGAAAGUCUUCCGCUGCUUGGUGCUAUUGAGAAUCUUGAGUCACAGUCAGCUCUUUUAGAAAACGGUGAAAAGGAUGAAGAGGAUAUGUCUCUGGAUUCAGGGGAUGAAAUCUCACAUAUAGAAGUAUUCAGCAGUUUUCAUUCAGAAAUAUUGGCGAGAGAAACCAAAGGAUCAAGUGGAACAGAUCAAAAACAGAAUAUUGAAAUUGAAUUGCAGUCAUCUCUUGACGUGCAAAAAAGUUUAUUAGAAGAUAAGACUUACCAAAUUGAUUGUGAAGAGAGAGCUCCUAUUGAUAGAGUAUGCUCUGAAGGAGAGAACAGCAAUUCAGCCGAACAAGAUUCAUAUAGCAACGGUCAGGCUUAUCAAAAUCAAUUAAAAAUGUCCCAUCAGUUUAGUCAUUUUAAUGUUCUCACUCAUCAGACGUUUCUGGGGACACCAUAUGCCCUUUCAUCAACUCAGUCUCAAGAAAAUGAAAAUUACUUUUUAUCUGCUUACAAAAACUUGGAUAGAGAGAAAUCUCCAGUAAGUUAAGGAUGUGUCCAAAGAUAAAUUACAGUAAAAACCUCCCCACCACCACUACCAGAAAAAAAAAAAGUUGUUGUGGACUUUUUACAGUUUCUUAAAAGUGUGAAUUGAUGAUUUAAAAACAAAUUUCCUAACCUUUAUGAAAUGUUUUUUUCUUUCCCACGUACUUAAAUCAUGAUGGCCUGUAACAUUUGAAGCACCUGAAAAUUGAAAUAAAUAUAUUUUUUGGACAUACUGUAAUCAGAUUAUCUCAUGUUGGCACCUUUCAGUUUUACAUUUGUUACCUGUACUUGGGCUUCAAAUUGAAGUCUGUUUUAUAUGUAAAAUUUGAUGUUUAUAAAAGAAUGGUAAAUAGUAAUGACUUUCUUUAAUGUCAGAUAACUAACUUUGCUGAAAUGUCUAUUUAUUUUGAUUAAAGCUUUUGUAUAGUGUUUUUACACAGGUAUAAGCCAGCAGUGUCAAUAUUUAUAGGAUUUUUGGCUCAGUACCUCAAGCUAUACCUAACAGUGCAGUUGCAUUUUAGGUAGUAAACCUAUGUCUAUAAUACCAAGUAGCAUUUUCUCAAUCUUUAGGUUUAGCUGUGUAGAAAUUUAGCUUCACUUAAAUUUUAGUCAGUCUUUGAGAUCCUUGAUAAAUACUGUUUCGUGUGAUCCUAUAGUCAAUCAAAUGAACGUUUAAAAAUGGGCCUUCUGUUUUCAAUGGCAUCGGAUAAUUGGAACAGAUCUUUGAGGUGGUCUUAAUUAGAACUAGUUAGGCACUUUAGUGCUAUACUAAAUCUAUAUAGAAAGACUGUAUGGUGGAGAUGAGAUAAUGCUAACUUCAAUAUUGUAAAAACUGGGGCAUCUCUACCUUUAAUGCAAUGGAAACAAAAUUUACAGAAAAGAAAAACCACAGGAUUCUAAAAUGAAUUUGAGUUAUUUCAGUAAGAGUCUAGCUCAGUGUGUUACUAGUACUUCUCAUGCCCUAAAAGAACCUCUUACAGAACAAGCAACAAUGUUAACAGGUCAGGGAUCUCCAGACUCUAUUAUGGUAAGUAGAAAGUACUUUUACACCCUAGUAUGACAGAGAUCAUUUUUUUUUAACUAUAAACUGUUUUAUUAUAUUUAAAAAAUACAGCAUUUCACUAGAUAAUGUGAAGUUUUUCAUUGGGUGCUGGAAUAAUGCAGUUGAGUGGUGAGCACAUUUAAAACGAAGAGCUAAAAUUAUCUUCUUGGUUUGCAGUUAAGGGCAUGAGAUUCGUUUCCAACUCCUUUUGUUUCUGGAGAAGACCCUGCAAUCACAUUGAUAGUUUAGUGAAGGUGUAUAGCCAACUUAAAUACAAGAUAGAGAAAAAUGGAGCUCAGGAUAGAACUGUUAUUGGACAUAGCUCAAGUUUCAUCUUUUUUUAGUAAUUCUUAUACUGGACCUCCUUGUUCAGGUGUUACCUAUCUAGAGUAUUUUCUACUAUACAAACAGGGAUGAUUGCUUUUUUUUUUUUUCAAAAAAAAAAUUACUGCAACUGUGGAUUUCAAAUGAAAUCCAUUCUCAAGUGCUCUUAAUAUCAUGAGACGACAUGAGGGUCUUAUUGUCCGAAAUAGUAUAAGGGUUAGGGUCAAGAGUGAACAUCACACUCCUUUCUCUUGUUCCUUUGGGUGAGUUACCAAGGUUUCACUCAAGCUGUAUGUAAGCAGAGGUAGCACUUAAAGAAUACAAGUAAAUGGGUCUGAAUAGUUUUCUAGUUUUAGGUAGAAUAAUAAAGGAUAAGCAACACAUGAGCAAAAUUCUUCUCAAAUACAGUGUAAUAAGCCCCUGGAUAGGUUUCAGCACAUUACUAGGGUGGUUUUUUUGUUGUUUUUUUGCCUGUAUAAAGGUUAUGCAAAAAUCAGAGAUGGGGAUAAGUCUGGUGAAUAGCUCCAUGUAUAUAAUUUCAUUCUUUGAACAGAUCUAUUCUGUUCUAAACUUUAAAAAAAAGAAUGGACCAUAUUGGUUAAAAUUCAUUAAAGCAUAAUUGUGUAUUUGUUUCUUUCUUUGGUUUUAGCACUUUAUUGUGUUUUGAUGUUUAAUGUACAUAUUUUUAAAUAAAAAUUGUCAUAAUAUCCAAA